UUGCUCCUGACCACGGAGCAAUGGCCUCUCGCUGGGCUGUGCAGCUGCUGCUCGUGGCAGCCUGGAGCAUGGGCUGCGGUGAGGCUCUCAAGUGCUACACCUGCGAGCAGCCCAUGGUCAGUGCUGCCUGCAAGACCAUUACCUACUGCAAGCCGGAGGACACAGCCUGCAUGACCACACUGGUGACGGUGGAGGCAGAGUUCCCCUUCAACCAGAGCCCCGUGGUGACCCGCUCCUGCUCCCGCUCCUGCAUGGCCACCGACCCCGACAGCAUCGGGGCCGCCCACCUGAUCUACUGCUGCUUCCGAGACCUCUGCAACUCGGAACUCUGAACCGAGGGCGGCAGGGUGGAAGGUGCUCCUCAGGCACCUCCUCUCUGACGGGGCCGGCUCCACCUGCGGUCACCUCCUGCUGCCGGGGCACAGCUCACUCAUGGGGUCUGAGGGGAGAGAACCACACCAGGGGCACCCUCUGCCUUCCAUACCCCACACUUAUAAAACAUAAAUAAGCCAAGAGUG